UAGUAUAUCCUCACGUUGCGAGGUAGCGUAUCAGUAAAUUUGCGAAAAUGUCCGCACAAAAGGUUAAGCUUAUGAGCUCGGACGCUCAAAUGUUCGAGGUAGAUGAGGACGUUGCUUUCCAGUCCCAGACAGUUAAGAACCUUGUGGAGGACGCGGGAACGGAUGACGCGAUUCCCCUCCCGAACGUCUCUGGGCGGAUCUUGGCCAAAGUAAUUGAGUAUAGCAAGUACCAUGUAGAGGCGGAGAAGAAGGGCGCAGACGAAAAGCCCGCGAAGUCAGAGGAGGACGUUAAGCGGUGGGACGAGGAGUUUGUGAAGGUCGACCAGGCGACCUUGUUCGACCUCAUCCUGGCCGCUAACUACCUCAACAUCAAGGGUCUCUUGGACCUUACGUGCCAGACAGUAGCGCAAAUGAUCAAGGGGAAAACACCCGAGGAGAUUCGGAAGCACUUCAACAUCAAGAACGACUUUACGCCGGAGGAGGAGGAGGAGGUCCGCCGCGAGAACCAGUGGGCCUUCGACUAAGCGGCUAGCGAUGGGUACGUCGCGUUCAGAGGGGCUCGGGAAUGAAGACUGAGUGUGGCAGCAGGACAGCACACCGCUGGAGCUUCCUUAGGAGUCACUUAGCGCAUAUGUUGCCGCAUGCGCGCAGUGUUGCUUUUGGUAUUGAUGCGAUGCUACGUGUUUUGGUCGAUGCCCGUCUGUUGUUAUCCUAGGGGGCUGAGGACUAGUAGUUUUAGGGCUUCACCACAGUGAAGGGGUUUGCAUGGUAGCGUUCCCUAAGGCCUCCUUGUUUAUCAGCGUGGGGGGGUCUUAAAAAUUGUAUGUACGUCGCCAAGUGCGCAGGGCGGUAGGGGAGGCAGGAAGUUGCUGAACUGCGGUUUAGGUUAGAGCUCAAGAUUGCAAGGCCAGGGCCAUCCGCGUUAACAGGCCUACUAUGCGAC